CGACAAGCUGAACCGGUUGAACCUCCCUAUUAAAAAACAGCGGCCGAUCCAAUCCGGUUUAACUUUUUCGGCAGCACCAGACAGAAAUCAAAGAACUAAAAACGCCUAUUCGCUAGGAGACUGAUAUCAUCAUCUCUUUCUUUCUCGCAGCAAAAAGCCUUUUCAAAUUUUCUUCCGAUUAACUUAAAAUGGUCGUCAAAUCUCACAUAAUUACAGGAUUGAACCUCCCUUUUAAACCCACUGCUUCUUUUUCUUUUUCUUCUUCAACCUCCACGACUAGUAACAGCCUCUGUUUAGUCAAGAAACCACUCACUUCUUCCUUCUUCAAUGGCGGGGUGGCCGCCUUAAAAAUUACAAUCAUAAGGACCCCUCCAGGAAGAUCUCAUUGUCAUGGACAAGGUGGAGGUGCCCUUGGUGUGCGCAUGAAUCUUUUUGAUCGCUUUGCUAGAGUUGUUAAGUCAUAUGCAAAUGCACUCUUAAGUUCCUUUGAAGACCCAGAGAAAAUCUUAGAUCAAGCUGUGCUUGAAAUGAAUGAUGACUUGGUGAAGAUGAGACAGGCCACGGCACAAGUUUUAGCAUCUCAAAAGCGGUUGGAAAAUAAGUACAAAGCUGCACAACAGGCUUCUGAAGAUUGGUACCGUAAAGCACAGUUGGCUCUUCAGAAAGGAGAAGAGGAUCUUGCACGGGAAGCCCUCAAGAGGCGUAAAUCUUAUGCUGAUAAUGCUAAUUCAUUGAAAGCACAACUUGAUCAACAGAAAAGUGUUGUUGAGAAUCUUGUCUCUAACACACGGCUUCUGGAGAGCAAGAUACAAGAGGCAAAGUCAAAGAAAGACACUUUGAAAGCUCGUGCUCAGUCCGCUAGAACUGCAACUAAAGUAAAUGAGAUGGUGGGAAAUGUCAACACUAGCAGUGCUUUAGCAGCUUUUGAGAAGAUGGAAGAGAAAGUUUUGGCAAUGGAGUCUGAAGCGGAAGCUCUGGGGCAGUUAACCACUGAUGAUCUUGAUGGGAAGUUUGCAUUACUUGAGAGCACAUCGGUUGACGAUGAUCUUGCAAAUUUGAAAAAGGAACUCUCUGGUAGCUCACAGAAAGGAGAGCUUCCACCUGGAAGAACCGUUUCUGCCAGCAACAAGACGUUUCCAUAUCGAGAUGCUGAGAUUGAAAUGGAGCUCAACGAAUUGAGGCAAAAGGCAAAGGACUUCUAAACUUUCUGAUCUCGAUACCCAAAUCUUUGGAUUUUUAUUUCAAGAACAAACCUUCUUCCGACUGUCAGUAAGCUAGAGUCCAAACAGAUCAUUCUGUAUAGCUGCAGUCCAAACUCAAUCAACCAUAGCAAUUUUUGGAUGGUUAUGUACAUACUUUGUGUAUUACACUAGGUGAUCAUUGUCAUGUUGCACUCAUAACCUAAUGUGCACCUACGGCAAUGACCCAUGUUUUUGGAUUUUGUAUUCAAUAGCUUGUUAAUUA